AAAGGUCAUGAAGUGUUGGUGACGUCACGUGACCGCCGACCUUCCUCUCCUUCUUCUGUCUGCCUGGUUGUUUCUGUAGCUGAAAGCACAUCAUGGCUUUCUUCACUCACCAAAUCUGCAGAGGUUUCUCCUCUUCGGCUGUUAGAAAUGUUGUUAUUAAGCAUGUAACGAUCAUCGGAGGAGGACAGAUGGGUGCAGGAAUUGCGCAGGUUGCUGCAUCAACUGGCCACUCUGUGACGCUGGUGGACACAUCUGACAACAUCCUGAAGAAGUCUGUCAAAGGAAUUGAAGGGAGCCUUAAAAGAGUGGUCAAGAAGAAGUUUGCUGAUAAGCCAGAGGCGGGUGAAGAGUUCAUUCAGAAAGUCCUGCAUAAUGUGUCAACCUCAACGGAUGCUGGAGCUACUGUUCAGAGCACAGAUCUUGUGUUGGAGGCCAUUGUGGAAAAUCUUAAAAUCAAACAGGAUCUCUUUGGUGGGCUUGACAAGCUGGCACCGGCACACACCAUCUUUGCCAGCAACACAUCCUCCCUACCCAUCACUGACAUUGCCAGCUCCACCAAGCGACUGGACAGAUUCGGUGGCCUUCACUUCUUCAAUCCAGUCCCUAUGAUGAAGCUUGUAGAGGUUAUUGGAACCUCAGCAACAAGCCAAGAGACGUUUGAUUCCCUCCUGAACUUCAGCAAAGCGCUGGGAAAAACACCAGUGUCCUGCAAGGAUACACCUGGAUUCAUUGUAAACCGCUUACUUGUUCCUUACAUGAUGGAGGCCAUCCGCUUGCAUGAGAGAGGUCAUGGAUCCAAAGAAGACAUUGAUAUCGCCAUGAAACUUGGUGCUGGUUACCCCAUGGGACCCUUUGAGCUCCUGGACUAUGUAGGACUAGAUACAGCAAAGUUCAUUAUGGAUGGUUGGAGUGCAAUGGACCCUGGAAACCCACUUUUUGGCCAGAGUGAAUUGCUGAACAAGUUGGUGGCAGAGGGCAAAUAUGGUAAAAAGACAGGAGAAGGAUUCUACAAGUACAAGUAAUUCAGUUUGCAGUAGGGAUUGAUAUCACUGUGAAACUUCUCAGUACUCAAGAAAAUAAAGCCAUCCAACAAAGAGUGGUAAGG